AUGUUACCUCAACUGCGGGAAGUCAGUAACUAUCUAUUUGAUGAACGUGGUAAACAAAUUCGUCCAAUGCUAGUUUAUUUGACUGCAAGAGCUUGCAACUAUCAUACCGAUCCAAAAAAAGAGAGUAAAUUGACAGAAGGGCAGAGUGCUAUUGGUGUAAUUUCAGAAAUGAUUCAUACAGCCAGUUUAAUUCAUGAUGAUGUCAUCGAUGCCGCCCAUAUUAGAAGAGGCAAACCAACCAUCAAUUCGGUAUGGGGUCAAAAAAAGGCUAUUUUAACCGGUGACUACAUCUUAUCAAGAGCUACUGUUGCCUUAUCAAAGCUACGCAACGAAAGGGUUGUUAUAGUACUAUCACAAGUACUAGACGAUCUUGUGCAAGGUGAAUUCAUGCAGUUAGGAUCUAAAGAGGAUCGCGGCGAACGAUUUAAUCAUUAUAUUAAAAAGACCUUUAGAAAAACCGCUAGUUUGAUGGCUUGUAGUUGUAAAGCUGUUGCCAUACUAGCCGACCCCCUAAAUCAAUUCUUACAUGAUGUUGCUUUCAAUUUUGGAAUGCAUUUUGGUAUAUCAUUUCAGUUAAUAGACGAUUUAUUAGAUUUUAUCGCAUCUGAUGAUGUUAUGGGCAAGCCAACAUCGACAGAUCUCCGAUUAGGAUUAGCGACUGCUCCUGUGCUAUAUGCAUGCGAUCGGUUUCCAGAACUAGAUGCUAUGAUUAUGAGACGUUUUACUCAAAGCGGUGACGUACAGAGAGCUCGUGAAAUAGUUGAUCAGAGCGAUGGUAUGGAUCAAACUAAACGUCUAGCUUGCUUCCAUCGUGAUGAAGCAAUCCGAUUUAUAUCUCAAUUAGGAGAAUCAAUGGAAAGAAAUGCUUUAAUUCAAUUGUCCGACGACGUAGUUACCAGACAUAAAUAA